AUGAGCGUCCGGGUUGCGCGGUCCGCGUGGGCCGGGGUCCGGGCCCGGGGCGCCGGCUGUUUCCGCGGCGCCUCGAGCCUCCCGGUGCCUCCGCGGGGCUCCGCGGGGGUGGCCGAGCUGCUGCGGGACGCGGCGGCGGCAGCAGAUGAGCCCUGGGAGGCAGCGGCGCGGCGGACGCCCGGCCAGUGCUCGGUGCUGCUCUUUCCGGGCCAGGGCAGCCAGGCGGUGGGCAUGGGCCGCGGCCUGCUCCGCUACCCGCGCGUCCGCGAGCUCUACGCCGCCGCCCAGCGCGUGCUGGGCUACGAUCUGCUGGGGCUGAGCAUGCACGGGCCGCGGGAGGCGCUGGACCGCACCGUGCACUGCCAGCCCGCCGUCUUCGUGGCCUCGCUGGCCGCCGUGGAGAAGCUGCACCACCUGCAGCCCGAGGUCAUCGAGAACUGUGUGGCGGCAGCUGGAUUCAGCGUGGGGGAGUUUGCAGCCCUGGUGUUUGCAGGGGCCAUGGAGUUUUCAGAAGGUCUGUAUGCAGUGAAGGUCCGGGCGGAGGCCAUGCAGGAGGCCUCAGAAGCGGUGCCCAGCGGGAUGCUGUCUGUCCUUGGCACACCCAAAACCAAGUUCGGCCUGGCCUGUCAGGAAGCCCGGGAGCACUGCAGGUCACUGGGCCUUGAGAACCCAGUGUGCGAAGUGGCCAACUACCUCUUUCCUGACUGCAAGGUCAUUUCUGGACACCUCGAGGCGCUACAGUUUCUGCAGAAGAACUCCUCCAAGUACCACUUCAGGCGCUGCAGGAUGCUGCCGGUGAGCGGGGCCUUCCACACCCGCCUGAUGGAGCCAGCUGCCGAGCCCCUGGCCCAGGUGCUGAAGGCCAUCAGCAUCAAGGACCCCCUGGUGUCUGUCUACUCCAACGUCCACGGGAAGAAGUACAUGCACCCAGAACACAUCCAGAAACUGCUGGCGAAGCAGCUCAUGUCCCCUGUCAAGUGGGAGCAGAUCAUGCAUGCCAUAUACGAGAGGAGGAAGGGCACGGACUUCCCCAGAACCUUCGAGGUGGGCCCAGGGAGGCAGCUGGGGGCCAUCCUGAAAAGCUGCAACCUGCAGGCCUGGAAGUCCUACAGCCACGUGGAAGUGACGGAGGCUGACGUGGCCCAGGACCCGUAG